AAAGCUGAGAUUUUUAUUUUCAUUUGGUGCAGAAUCAACAGGGGCUGAAGCCCAAAACUGUACUAUUGAAUUGAAGUGUUUGCAUUGCGCAUCUCUCUCUUAUUAAUGGUUAAAAUUGUAAUCGUGAUUACGAUUUGAAGGUUGAAUUGGGUGAUGAGUAGUUUGGGAAACAAGUAAAAGGCGUUUCCCAUCACUAGCGGUAGGGUAUGCAGCGACUUAGGAAUUCAAUCUUAGGUUGUGUUUCUGCGGCGAACCUUAAAAGAAAAUCUCUGAAAUCAUGGCUUGCCAUUCAAGACACUUAUUUUUCCACGAAGGAUACGUUUGAGAGACACCGCGUUGUGUUCACCGUUGGAACCUCCAUUGCUUCCGUUGCUACUGCUUUCUUUGGCUAUUCCUUGCGUCAUUUACAUGAAUCCAGAGUUGAUCAAAGGCUUCAAUCCAUUGAAAAUGCUAUGAAAAACCAUUCCAAUCUCGAGCAUUCCGAAAUCAAAGACAUUGUCGGUUCCGGAGGUUGCAGUGUUCCGGCCUGUGUUGCCACUGCUGGAACCACCCUAAUUAUCGGAUAUGGCUUAGGAUGGAAAGGUGGAAGAUGGUAUACUACUAAGAAGUUCAGAAAGGAGCAGAUGAAAAUGCUUGGACAGAUUAAACCUAGAAGAUGGCAAUUACUUGGGAAAAUAAAACCUAGAGGGUGGCAAUUCCAGUUCCUUAGAAGGCCCCUUGCAAGGUCCAAAGUGCCAGAUACUGCAGUCAAAACUUCAGAAACAAGUAUAAAGGAUGCAUCUACCACGCAUAUUGCUGGAAAAUCCCAUUAGCAUACUACUAUAAAAUGGUCCUUUUUAGUCAUAAACACCAGUAUUGAUAGAGAUGGAUGCAUAUACUGUAUUAGGCAUUCAAUUAGAUAAACAAAGUAGCUAUGGGGUUAUUACCAAUUAUAGUCAAAAUUUGCACACUGAUAUGUGCCUGUAAUUCGUCGCCCUUAGCUUCAUAAAUUUUCCAUGCUUCAUGUGAGGAGCACUUCAGAAACUCAUGUUUCAUUUUGAUUAGCUAAUUUUUGAUGGAGGAGAUACACAUCCUUCCUUUAGUUGGGGUUUG